UUGACUCGCACACCCUGCUCCGCGUCGAGUCCGGCAUCGCGCCACUACCCUGCUGAUUUCAACCGUAGGGCAACUGUAGACCGAGGGACCGUAGAAUAUCCACGAAUGACCUUCGCAUACCGUUACUCCGCAUCUUGUUAGGAUCAACCGAGUGCAUGGAUCUACUUUUGACCCUGGGAAUAAAUGCUCACUGAGAGAAUGCAUCAAUCAUGCUGGAGACUUUAGCUCUUUGCUGUGUACCAACAUGGCGGCGCUCAUCUCAGCCUUACUAUGUUUUGUAUCUCUUGUCUCAGCCUCCACCUCCAGCUCACCCACACUCGACUCAUUAACAAUUCUAACUCACAAUGAUCUUUAUGGUAACAGCAGCCAAAGACAAAGUUCUACGAUCGUCGUCAGCAAACCCCAGUCAUACUCGGCCUCGGCAUCAAGCUGCGCAGCGCUGGGCGAGAGCCUCUGGUCUUCAGAGCAAUGUUCGCAAGAGCUUGAUUUUCUGAAGUACCUAGGCCACGACAGUCAGAGACAUGGACACGAUCUAUAUUGGGUGGCAAGCAGGACAGGGGCCAAAUGCAACGCCAUCUCUCCACAAGGCCGCAGCCAACAGCUGCCGUGUGAUACACCACUACCAGUGCUUUGCAGCAAUACGGCGCCACUUAGCUCACCACAAUCGACCAGCAAUAGCAGCAAAUGGCAGUCAUCGGUUUCAACUGGCAAUGCAACAAUCUCAGGCUAUCGAGACAGCCAGUCUUUCCGUUUCUUGGGCAUCAAGUAUGCUACUAUACCCAGUCGAUUCUCCGACUCCACCUACCUGCCACCCGCUGGCUCGAACAUAUCAGCAUUCUCAUACGGUCCGCAAUGCAUACAAGGGAGCUGCAGUUCCGGUGAAGCACCCUGCAGCGAGGAUUGCCUGUAUUUGAAUAUUUGGACACCAACAAUCCCUAAUGGUAAGAGCGCAAAGGCCAAGAAGAAGCCAGUGAUGGUUUGGAUCUAUGGUGGUGGCUUCGUCAGCGGAUCUGCCAGCGACACGACAUUUGACGGUGGAGCAAUGGCAUCUCGUGGGGACGUGGUUCUGGUUACGAUCAACUAUCGACUCGGCAAUUUCGGAUUUCUCGCUUUGGAGGGCACGCCAUUGACUGGCAACUACGGCUUGAAGGAUCAGAACAUUGCGCUUGACUGGCUGCAUGCGCACAUAGAUGCAUUUGGAGGCGACAAGGACAAAAUCACCAUUUUUGGCCAGAGUGCUGGCGCAGCCUCUGUGCGAGCACUGCUUGCUUCUCCUGAAGCUCGUGGUAAGUUCGUAGGAGCGAUCCCACAGUCGACACCCCAGGGAUUGAACUAUGCCUCUACGUUCGCAAAGUACUUGACCAUCACAGAAGCUACCAAUCGAACCAGGUCACUCCUUGACGAGACUGGCUGUACCUCGAACAGCAGCGACUCCGUGGUUGCCUGUCUGCAGGCUGUGCCCGUCGCCAACCUCACUUCGGGCACCGUUGCCUCUUACCCCGUAAUCGACGGCAAGUUCCUCACUUCGUCCGGACUCCCUCUAGGCCACACAGCACCAAAGCUCAACGUUACCCUUCUUUCCGGCAACAUGCACGACGACGGCUCCCCCUUUAUCAGCUACCCAAUCAGUGCGAACCUCACCGCCGCACUUCUUGAGCAAGACUUCCCCGUUUCCUCGAUUCUCAACUCUACCCUCUUCCCUCUACCAGCGGAGUCAAACGCUACCCUCGCCAUCUUCAACCUCACAUCCCGAGUCGAAACAGACGGCAUGUUCCGCUGCCUUGGCGAAUCAACAGAAGUUACUGCCGCAAAAAACGGAAUCUUCAAAAACGUCUACGCAUACGAAUUCGACCGCGCAUUUCAGCUCCUCUCGUACAGCCCGAACCCGCCAGCUUGCGAAGCUCCUCCGACGUCAGAACACCCCUUUGGCGAUGCGAGUCUACCAUACUACAAGUGUCAUUCAGGUGAGCUGUACUAUGUGUUUGGCACGCUGGUACGCGAGGGCGCGCACAUCCGCGAUGAGAAUGAUAUCCCGUUUAGUCAGUAUGUCUUGGAUAGCUGGACGGCGUUUGCGAGGACGGGGAAUCCUGUUCCGGACACUGGUUUUUUGGAGGCAAGGGGGUUUACUAAUACGACGAGGUUUGUCCAGGCGGCGGGGAGGUGGGCACCAGUUAGCGGUCAGGACGGCGGAAAGAGCUUGAGGGUGCUGGAUGUGGUGACGAGGAAUGAGGGUUGGAGAGAGGUAGACCAGUGUGAAGCGCUGGGUUAUGGGCUGGGGUAUUAUGACGUGUAGAUGCUAACAGUAGCGUCGACAAGAUGGGGGCCGAUAUGAUUGUACCCAAUAGCGAAGCCUGGAUGUCUUCGACGCGGACCCAAAACGAUACAAUGUUGUGUUUAUAGAGG